AUGAGAAAGUAUUAUCCUGAAGAUGUUUGGGGAAAGAAAGAAAUUGAGUUUCUCGAACUGAAGCAAGGGAAUAAGUCAGUUACCGAGUAUGCUGCAAAGUUUGUUGAGUUGGCCAAGUUUUAUCUGCACUAUAACGAGGCGACUACUAAAUUUUCCAAGUGCAUCAAGUUUGAGAAUGGGUUGCGCUCGGAGAUCAAGAAAGAAGUUGGAUACCAAAAGAUUCAUGUCUUUGCUGAUUUCGUUGAUAUUUGCCGGAUCUAUGAGGAGGAUAAUAAUGCUCACUAUAAGAUUGUCAAUGAGAGGAGAGGUAAGAACCAACAGAAUCGUGGUAAGCCUUAUGAUGCUCCAGUUGGGAAAGGUAAACAGAAAGUUGUUGAGGGUAAAAGAACUAGUGGGGGAUAUGCUCCUAUUGGCGUGGUUUGUUUCAAAUGUGGGAAACAUAGUCAUAAGAGUAUGGUGUGUACUACUGAGGUGAAGAGGUGUUUCCGUUAUGGUAAGACUGGGCAUGUGAUAUCUGAGUGCAAGCAUAAAGAGAUGGUUUGUUUCAACUGUGGUGAAGAGGGACACAUUGGUAGUCAGUUUCAGAAGCCGAAGUAG